GUGAAGUGCCAGCAAGCUGGUCCGGACACUCGGUUAUUAAAUUUUUUUUAAAGGAUCCCCCUAACCUUUACCGAAUGAGAAUGUUCAUGAAUACCCAAUUAUGAUACCUUUCAUUUUCACCGUACAAAUCAAUUUUUUCUCUCUUCGAUAAUUCGAUAUUUGAAGGGGAAAGAAUCACUACUCUUCAUUUGAAAACACAUGAACUUCAAGAUUACCUUUUUUUUUUUGAAAAGUGGGAUUACCUUUUGGACUCUCAAUUUGUUUGUUCCCACCACCUUUGUGACUCAAUUUGAAUAUGGAAUUAUUGAAGGACAAAAAAAUAGAGUGAGUCAAUUAUAGUUAAAAAGCACAGAGAUCAUGCGACAUUUGAAAAAAAAUGAAUAAUGGAUCAAAUUUUUGGGACGGAGGGAGCACAUCAUUUAAGUUAGAAAAAAAGUGAUGAAAAGUAUUGGAUUGCAAAAUUAGUCUAUCAGUGAUCAAUUAAUUGAUGUGCGCGUAAACUAAGGAGUUGCUAUUAAAGAAAACGACAGAAAAAGUACCGGAGCUCAUCUUUAUUUUUUUUAAUCGGCUACUGGAGCUCACCUGUUGUUUAAUAUGCGUAGUACUACCCAUCACUCCCUCUGCAUGUCCUAUAUAAAACAACACAAACUCAAAAACCAAACGAUCAUUCUAUCUCCACUCCCCUUUCAAGUACUCCUUCGAUAUUUUCCCGUUUGAAAGUAAGGUAGGAGGUUUCUAAGAGAAGCAACUCGUAAUUUUUCUCUUAACUAGUCAAAUUGGACAAAGAUUACAGGACAUCUGAAAAAUGAACAAUGGACUAAUUUUUGGAACACACAGAGUAAAUCAUUUAAAAUAAACAAAAAGAGGAACAAAAAGUACUGAACGGUAGAAUUAGUCCCUUAAUGCUCAAAACCCAAAUGAUCAUUCCAUCUCCACUACCCUUUCAAGAUGUACUUCUUCAAAAUUUUCCGUUUUGAAAGUGAGAUAGGAUGUUUAUAAGAGAAGCAGCUUCUGCUAUUCAAAAGCAGCUUCCAAAAAAGCAGUGCACUUCCACCGGUAGUUGUGGUAGAUGGGUGUAUGCCCCUUUCUUGCUUCUGCUUGUGUUGUUAAUCUUGACACAAUCAGUCCUCGGAGGCCAAUCUGUCAAGUACUUACCAGGAUACGAUGAACUUCCCUUUGAACUUGAAACUGGAUACAUUAGUGUUAAUGAAUCCGAGUUGUUUUACUACAUUCCCUCGCAAGGGGACCCCAAAGAGGACCCGAUUUUCCUUUGGCUCACUGGGGGGCCUGGCUGUUCUUCUUUCAACGGACUUGUUUAUGAAGUCGUGGAUUCUAUGACAUUUAUGUUUGAAAAAGAUGCCAACUGACAUAUUUCACGUCACACGUUUGCCUUUUGACAUCAAGAAUUGGGAGAGAUGCAACAAGAGCUUGUCAUACACAAAAGACAUCGCAACUGUGGUCCCUGUUCAUCAAGAACUCAAAGAAUAUGGCUUAUUAGAAGUGCUUGUAGAGUGUCAAAAGUUGGUUCAGUGCGUUGUGCAAACCCUGGGGCUAUCAAACUUCUUGAUUCGAAGAGAUCUCAAUGACGCAACAAGGGGCUUCCGAGUGAAGGAUACAGUAAUUGUUGAAGCACAAAUCGUUCUCACUUCUACUCGGAAGGAUUUCUAAAGUAGUUGUGGUGCAUUAUUUAUGAGCUCUAGUCAUACUUUGAACUCCCUGUUUUAGUGUGCGCUUGUCAUUUUUAUUGCGACAAUGAUGUGUUCUUAAAAGUUGGCCGUUGAUGUAUAGUUCGCAACUUCUUCCGAUUUAGUAUAUCAAAGAAGGUGAUUUUAUCAGUGUUGCAAGAAAAAUGGAUUAAAAUCACUAUCA